AUGAACUCAGAAAUCAUGUGACUGAUGACUAAGUUAAAUUUUUUCUACUUAUUAAAGGGGAAGAUUCUGAUGAUUAGUUGCUGAUUCUCCUUGCAUUUUUGUCGGUUUGGAGAUUUUUGAAUCAUGUUCCCAUUGAUGCUCUUUUCCACCCUGUUUUCUUCCAUUUUUACUGAACCUGGGGAGAAACAUUGGAUCUGCAACUCCUCGGACGCAAGCAUUUGGUACAACUACUGUGAUGACAAGAAAUUCCCUAUUUCAAUAAGUACUAAACCCUGUAUAACAUUGAAGGGAAGCAAUGGAUAUUUGUAUCUUUACUUCAUUCCAAGGAGAGACAUAAAAAAAUUAUAUUUCAAUCUCUAUAUAUCUGUUAAGUCUAUACGUCUUCCAGAGCGCAAAGAAGUUAUUUGCCGAGGAUCUGAUGACAAUUACUCUUUUUGCAGAGCUCUGAAGGGAGAGACUGUGAAUACAACAAUAGGAUUUUCCUUCAAGGGAUUACGAUUUUCUAAGGGACAAUACAACUGUGUUGCAGAAGCCAUCUCUGGGGACACUGAAGAAAGGCUCCUUUGCUUGAACUUUACCAUCAUACAUCAUCCUGAUUCCAGCUAGAAUAAAUGAACCUUCAAGCCCUUCAGAUGAUUCUGACACAUUCUUCCUCGGGCUCUACAGCAACAGUCAUCUUCUUGCAGUGCUUUAAACAAGCCUCCCCAGGCCUCUCCUACCCGCCCCACCCCAGCCUCCAGCCCAGCUAAGUGCACCGAUUUAUCAAUCUAAGCUCUCACCUCAACUCUUCAGGUAAGCCCCCCUCCUCUGCAUAGGUCAUGAGCCUUUAUCUCCUGGAGAACUCUCUUCUUCUUAGAACAUGUUAGCACAUAGAACUGCUACUGAAAUAGAGACUGGUGACUUUAAUAUGACAGUUUAUUUUGGGCUUACAAUACGGUAUGUGCCUAAGUAGCCCAGGACCCGUCUGGAGGCUCUGUGGUGUUGGGAGCCCAGGAUCCUGCUACCCUGUUGCAUUGACAUCUGCAGGUUGUUGCCCACCAGCCUGAUUCACCACCAAUUCACAUUCCAGCCAGCGGAAGGGGGAAGGGAGGACAGUCACUCCUUUUAAGCGCAUGACGCAGGAGUUGCCCUUAUGACUUUUACUUGCCCCUCACUGAUCAGAACUUGGUCACAUGGCCACACCUAGCUGUAAGAGAGGCUGGGAAAAGUCGCCUUAUUUUGGCUGCCAUAUGCCUGGCAAUGAACCUGGAGAUGUUACUGUAGGUGGAAUGAAUGGAUAUGGGGACACCUAGUGGUCCCUUUGGCAUAACACCCAAGCCGGAUUACAGUAAUAUAUUAAUUAGUGUAAUUAUUUGAUUGAUGUCUGUCUACCCCAAUAGAGUGUAAUCUCUACACAAGCAAGGACCAUACCUAUUUUCAUUCACCACUGUGUCCUCAUCAUCCAUCCUCAUGCCUGAUGUAAAGAAGACCUUAAUAAGUAUUUGUUAAAUA